AACACAGUUUUUAGGGUUCGGUACAGUUCUCUGCGCCGUCAUAUCUAGGGUUUGCGGCCUGGUUCUAGUCAUCUAUCUCUAUAUCUCAUCGGUAAUUUGGCACUCCUCUGCGCGUACAGCACGACUCUUCAUUGUAAUCUGCACUGGUCGUUUCUAGGGUUUGCGAAAUCCGUGGAUUCUUUUUUGCCAACCCAUUUUCCUUCUUCGAAUAUCUCGAUCUUCUACGAUUGGAUCUGUUAACGGUUAUUCUCGUUAGCGAUGCUGGGAAGGAAGAUGUACAAGACGAAGCUGUGUUUGCUGUACCAGAGGGGCCGCUGUCCUCGUCAGAAUUGCUCCUUUGCACAUGGAGAAGUCGAACUUCGCCGUUUUGGUGGAUCUUUCAAUGGUAGACGGGAUUAUAGAAGUAGUGACUUGAGGGAUAAGCUUGAUAGGAGGCAAUCUCCAACCCGUAGAUAUUCCCCAGGGAGAGAUGGAAGAGGUUAUCAAACUUUCCGGAGUCACAAGACUGUUUCUCAUGAUAGGGGCAGUAGCCUUUCAAGAUCACCUAUCAGGAGAAGUGAAAGAAGGCCAAAGAAGAAGCGAUCUGUGGAUGGAGAAAGUGAUAUUUCUGAAAGCCAUAAAUUAUCUGACGGUGUUGAAGAUACAAGAAAAGAAAAUAACAUUUCAUCAUUUGACGAAAAAGUUAUAUAUGAAGAGAAGCUAAGGGAAGCAAAGUCUGAUAUUGAAAAGCUUGAAGAUCAUAAAUCUCACCUUGAGAUUUUUUUGGAGAAGAAGUUUGAGGAAGCACAGAAAUUAUCGAGUAAAAUUGAGGAUCUUGAGAUGCAGUUAAACAGAGAGCAGGAAGACUGUAAAAGGAUAAAUUCGAGAAUAGAUAAGUUCUUUAAAGCUUAUGGACGGUACAUUAAAGCGCAGGAGGAAUUGAAAAGGUCUCAAUCUCGUUUUCAGAAGCUUGGAGAUCAACUUGGAUUAGAUAUUUCAAAGCUAGGUGCCAAUGAAGAAGAUUCAAGUUUAAACAUUUUAAGCGAUGGAGAGCCUAACGGUGAUUUUCAGGAAAGCACGCCAAAUGAUGUGAUGCAUAGGGGUUCAUCACUGAAAAAAAGAUCACUUGUCCACACAGAAGCCAUUGAUGAAGUGAAGUAUGGAUAUGUGUCAAAGAAAAGCAAACACUCCGCUACAUUAUCCAAACCUGAUAAACUUUCUAGGUCAGAAGGACUAUCUUUUUCAGCUGAAGAUGCUACAAAGGAUAUUGAGACAAUUAAAUUAAACCAGGAAAAAAAGGAUCUUCCCUUAUCACUCCUUGAUGGUUACAAGCGGAAUCGUGGAAAAUUUUCUCCAAAAUUUAGCUCUUUGGCUAAGAAUAGGAGCUCCGAUGCUGAACGGGUAUUACCUCAUACAAGUAUGGCUGCUAAUGCCAUAGAUGAACUCAUUGAAGACAUUGAGAUAGACGAGAAAUCUGAUGGAAUGGUAGCUGUUGCAGCACCUAAUGAAAAUGGAACCCUGGAUAAUAAAAUUAGUUCAUCCUAUCUUCCACCUCUACCUCCACCUGUCAAUCAGAAUGUUUACAAACAGUAUGAGGGUGAUGAUGAAGAUGUAGAUGUUGAUGUGGAGAAGGUGGAUUCAGAGAUGAUUGAUAUAGAUCUAAAUGGUGAAGUGGAUAUAGAACAGUAGCUCGCCUUGCAGCUUUUCUCCUAUAGUUUGAAACAGGAGUUGUGUAUAUACGUGACUCUUGGUGUUAUUUCAACUUGCUGUUAAUCCUUUAGUGGCAACCAUUUACAGACAAUGAUGAAUACUGUAAAUAUUUUUAUCUUGCUUUUAUUUGACAAAGUAGUUGCCUGACAUUUAUUUGUUU